CACCGUCGUAGUGCAAGUGACAGUCAUAUUAGCACUGCAAACAUUCUGACAGGCAUCUAUCCGCACAACAGUAACAUUUUCUAAGUGAACGCAUAUGUUAUGAGUAAUCCGAUGGAUUUGGAGUCCGUGUCUCCGGCAUCCUACCGGAUUACCACCGGUAUAGAUAUACGUCUUAAGAAUACCCUAUUAUCUUAUCUGUUCGAUGAUGAAGUCUCCCCCAAAUUAACGAACGGUUUGGCACUCGUUAGGUAAUGAUGUCAGACAUCCAUACGCUUGCGAAUCUUCAGAAGACUUAUGUCGGUCCUCAUGCAAUACCAGCAUCACUUAAUACGCCCUUUAGGGAAGCACUCAAAUCAUACGCUGCAUCGCAGAAACUUCAGUUCUCGGAAGACAGCAUAGGAAACAAUUAUAUUACUCGAGGCGAUCGCGAUGCAGAUAUAGCACCUAUUGCUAUCGCCUUCCCCCUAGACGGCGGCUUAUCGGAAUCAGCUUUUAUUAGUGCUUUCCGUCUAUUCUCUCUUCUUUCCGAAGCGUCUCUUCCUUGCAAUCUAAUGCUCGUGGGAUGGACGUAUUCAGGUUCGCGACUUGUAGGCCAAGAGCUUUGGGAAUUAUCAGCAACGACACCUUCAUAUGAAGUACCCUCAGAGUUGCAGGAGUUCCAGGGAAAGGCUAGUCCAAAAGAUGUAUCGUUUUCGGCCAUUUUUCAAGCAUCAGAGGAAAAGCGGACGCCUUUAAGAAUCGACGGGAGUCCUGUUCUCGUCGAAAAAGCCCGAAAGCUCACGACAGUCCAAGCAGAUGUUCGCCAGUCCCAUAAAAAGACUGUUCGGGCACCUUGGAUUUCUAUCACAGGACCUGGAGCGGAGGAUGUGGCGAUGGAAGCUAUUAAGGAGUAUAGCGCCUACAUUGUAGCUUUAUUCGAUAAUUUCGAUUAGUGCGUCGAGACGCAACUCGAUAUUUGAUUUCAUUCUGUACUAUAUAAUAUUACAGCGUAGCUAGGAAGAGUAUUAGGACUACCACAAGAAACAUCGUCA